CAGAGGCCUUUGGGCGGGCGGGGGUCGGCGUGCGCGCAAAGCCCUGCGAGGCUGAGGGUCUUGUCCUCCGAGCUCCUGUACCGCGUCUCUGUCGGCGUUCUCUUGGUCCGGGGCUCCCGGCCUCUCGAGCUCCCAGGGCCCUGUGUGUCCACCCAGCCUCACCUGCCUGUCUCCUCUGAGUACCCAGGAAUUGAGGUCCAGGAGAAGCAGUGAGGAUGUCGAAUGAGCCGCCCCCUCCUUACCCCGGAGGCCCCACAGCCCCGCUUCUGGAGGAGAAAAGUGGUGCUCCACCCACGCCAGGCCGCACGUCCCCAGCAGUGAUGCAGCCCCCACCAGGCAUGUCGAUGCCCCCUGCAGACAUUGGCCCCCCACCCUAUGAGCCACCAGGUUACCCAGUGCCCCAGCCCGGCUUCAUCCCCCCACAUGUGAAUGCGGAGGGCACCUACAUGCCUCCAGGUUUCUACCCUCCUCCAGGCCCCCACCCACCCAUGGGUUACUACCCGCCAGGGCCCUACCCGCCGGGGCCUUACCCUGGCCCUGGGGGCCACACGGCCACGGUCCUAGUCCCUUCAGGGGCUGCCACCACGGUGACAGUGCUGCAGGGAGAGAUCUUUGAGGGUGCACCCGUGCAGACGGUGUGUCCCCACUGCCAGCAGGCCAUCACCACCAAGAUCUCCUAUGAGAUCGGCCUGAUGAACUUCGUGCUGGGCUUCUUCUGCUGCUUCAUGGGGUGUGAUCUGGGCUGUUGCUUGAUCCCCUGCCUCAUCAACGACUUCAAGGAUGUGACGCACACGUGCCCCAGCUGCAAAGCCUACAUCUACACGUACAAGCGCCUGUGCUAACGGAGCUGGGACUGGACUCCCUGCUGUCAGUCUGGCCCCUUGUGCUUUGCUCCCCGCGCUCAGUGGCUCGCAUCCCCGCUCCCACCUGGGGGUGGAGGCCGUUCCACCAUCCAUCCCUUGGAAGUCUUGUCCCCUUCGCCUCGCCCUUCCCUGAGCAUCUGACUCUCCUGACAGAAACUCUGUCAGAUUUAAGGCCAAGGGUCAGCAAGCGGCAGGGGGAUGGCGCUGAGCUUAUGUGGUGCUGGUUUGCUUGGUGUUUAUGAUCCGAAGAUAAGCAGGGAGUGGUCUCUUCACACGGUCUCUUUGUCGGGGUCUCUUCCUUCAUUUCUGUACCAGGUACAGGUUUGGUCCCAAGUCUCCCUGGGGCCAGAGCAGCCAGAGCAAUGGCUGGUUCCGCAGACCCGGGGCCUGCAGUGGGGUCAUUUCUGACCUGCCGGGCUGAGUGGGGGGAGGACCCAAGCAGGACAGCGGCAUCAGGCCUUUGUGUGUUUCUGGAGCACUAGAGGCAGGUGUGACCAUCAGAAGGAAAGACUGUUGCUCAGAAUUCUCAGGAACGCUGACCAGUGCCCAGGAGCCACCUGGGGUAAGGUAGUGACGUCGACUCCCCUCCAGGCCAUGGGUUAAGGGACUGGGCCCUAGCUUGCUUAGAAGGGACUCUCCUCUGGCCCUGCCCAGCUCCCCUUCCAGCCACAUCACUGCAAACCCCAGGGCCGUGAGGGUCACCCUGGAAUCUAGCCCAUCUGUCUGUACCAUGUCCUUGCUGCGUGUGGGCACCACCUCUGCCUGGUAGCUGGCGUGUCCCAGCUGGAAACAUAGAUGACAGACAGGAGGGCCUCCUUUCAUGCACACUCAAGAUUUGCAGUGCCCUCUCCACGGUCCUCUCCCCAGUAACGCUGGGCCCUUCGCCCCUGGCUGACUCCUGCCAGGGUGCUUGCCCCAGCAGCAGGCACUGCAGUGAGAGCAGCUGCAGUGCUGGACUGGGGACAGGCUGGGAUGAGGAAGGAGCAGCCAGCCACAAGUGGCAGAAGUGCCCUGAGGGACACCAGCCCUGCCCUGGGCCUGAGUCAACACUGUCUUUACUUCCUGAAUGGGUUGUCCAUGAACUUGUUCCCCUGGACCGCUGUAUCCUGCUGCCGCCCCACUCCUGGUCUCGCACUGCCACUGCAUGGCCUCCUGUCACUGUGAAUCGUGGCCGGUCUCGGUUUGUAGUUUCUCAUUAAAUUGGCCCUUCACUCCCCCGCCCUGGGCCUCUGCUCUCUU